UUAUAGCAAUUACAUGUAAAAAUGUAUGGUUUGGGACAACAUUUGAAAAAAUCAGCUUUCAAAUCGAAAUCCGGCGAUAUCAAUCCGACCGAUUCAGAUGAGAUAUUUUAUGGGAUCUUCAAGUCUAGUCAAUGACACACUCUUAACCAUUUAGAUCUGAACUCUGAUGAAUAAGGAUUUCUGUGAGAACCAAGAAAUUAUUCAAUACUUCGGUUUGCCCUUCCAGUUUCCCGUCAAGUAUUAGCGCCAUCUCAUUAUUCUCUCACCCCUCUGAUUUGAUCGCAUUAAUGGGAACAAGCAAACAAAUAUUAGGCCUUCACUCUCAGGUCCGAGGGUAAUCAGACCUGCACAAACUUUACAGAGAAAAUCUCUUCAGGUUAGUCUCUUUAUGUCCUACUUUCUCUCACAUAAACCAGAUUCAAGUAACCCAUAGAAGAUUCUAGAGAGGGAUUCUAUUGGCUUGACCCUGUUUCUCUCUCUGCAAAACUUUGUGAAAUUUACAUCUGGGAAGCCCUUGAUCGGGCCUAAUGUUCUCUCUAGACAAAAUGAUGAAUUACCCCCUUGGGUACCUCAUUUCACCUCAUUUCCAUUUCCUCGUCCUGUUUUUCUCACUAGAAAGCCCAUGAAUUUCCCACAUUUCCCUGAACCAUUUCAUAUUUUCUGUAAUGAUCACUAAACCUUUUUCACAACCAUUAUUUUCCAAAAAUUCAAACACCUCGUGUCUCUGAAACCUUCAAUCUCGCUCUAGAAUAUAAAUUCCCUUCAGUUUGAAUCUUGAAUUCCUGUUUUUUUAACGCAUUCAAUGCCAGUAUGCACCAGUCAUUUGGGCAAUCAAGUCCCAAAGCCUUUCGUGCCUACCCCAAAGGGGACAUCGAUUUAGAAUCUGGAACCCUUAAAAGAAUUCGCCGACAGAAGAAUUCACAGCCAGGGCUUCUCAAAAUGGUAAAAAAUAUUAAAAACCAUCUACACUAUCUCUUCAAGCUCCACCCCUUUGCAGCUUUCAUCUUCUCUUUAUUUAUAGGAAUCACAAUUCUCAUAUUCCUUGCAGUCUUUGAAAACCGAUUUCGACCAAUGGGUUUCCCAAGAAAAUUCGAUAGAGUCUCUGUAAAUUAUUAUCCUUAUUCGAAACUUAGAAAUCUAGUAAUGGUGGCUGGACAUUCGGUUUAUACAAGUAGUAGCUGUGAAAAGCCUGAUGGAGAAGGGUCUUGGUUUUUGGAGUCAUAUCAAAAACAUCCAGGUCAAGCUGCAACAUUUUUGCAGCAUAUAAAGGAGGGAAUUGAGGUCACGUCAAAAGAUGAUGAGGCCUUGCUCAUGUUUAGUGGGGGAGAGACUAGGAGAGAUGCAGGCCCCAGAAGUGAGGCUCAGAGUUAUUGGAGUGUUGCUGAAUCAAAAGGAUGGUUUGGCAAGGAAGUGAGCGUAAGAUGGAGAGCACUUACUGAAGAGCAUGCAAGGGACAGCUUUGAGAACCUUCUCUUUAGCGUUUGUCGGUUUCGGGAACUCACUGGUGUAUACCCGUCAAACAUUACUGUUGUGAGCUAUGACUUCAAGGAAGAGAGGUUUGCCCAUCUCCACCGUUUGGCAAUAGGGUUCCCUGAAUCAAGGUUCUUCUACCAUGGGACCCCUGCUUCAUCUUCAUCAAAAGCAGCAGCAAUAAAAGGUGAAGAAUUGGUUAGAGCACAAUUCCGUGAAGACCCAUAUGGUUGCUCUGGUUCUCUUCAUGCAAAGAAGCUCAAACGAGACCCAUUUCAUCGAACGAUCCCAUAUCCUAGGGGUUGUCCAGAGCUUGAAGGCUUGUUCAAUUAUUGUGGACCAGUUCCAUAUGCAAACUCCCUUCUAUGGGAGUAGAGAACAGGUCCGGGUUUACCCGUGAAAAUGUUGUAUGUGGGGGGAGAGAGAGACUGUAUUAGUAAAGUCAUGCUCCUCAUCAAUGUACUUGGCUGGAGAGAGAGUGAUAAAGAGAGAGAGAGAGAGAGAGAGAGAGAGAGAGAGAGAG